UGUCUUUCAGUCGAUUCUGGCCAUCGAUACGUCAAAGAGAUCAUCCUCUGUCAUGUUGAAAUUAUUGCUAAUCGUUGCUCUGCCACUGCUCGUUGCGACGAGCUCGUCGGAUUAUACGGAUUCGCCCGACCAGGAGGAAGUUCCGCACUUUUUUCAAAUGCCCGACAAACAGAACGCGAAAAUGUGCUGCACUCAAUGCUUCGACGAAGAGACGUGCUUUAUCUCUGUCGAGUACAGACGGGGGAUCUGCCGUGGCAGCCUAGAUCAAACGCAGAUUGGUAGAGUCAAUUACCCGGGCGGCCGAAUGAUCGCGACCUCCAAGCUGCCGAACGACAUGUGGAAGCUGCUCUGGAUCGAAGACGAGGACGAGCCCGUGCUCAAUAACCGCGUCUUCAGCUGGAACAAAUGCGCCUGGAAGUCGAAGGUGCGCACCGACUAUAGCGUGGAUGGCGCCGCGCUGGUCGACAAGCUCGUCGAUUUGACGCGCAAACAAGAGGUGCUGGUCUCGCUCGAGCCGAUCGGAUGCUCCUUUGAAAGUUGCGACAUCACGUUUCUCCUGAAGGAAUCUUUCUUUGGCAACUCACAAAAAAAGACCCGUGAUUCCCCUAAGGCGACGCCGAAGCCAAAGUUCGAGAAGGAAGACCUCUGAGAGUAUUCUCUCGAGUGGCGAGAAAAUAAAUGUUCACAGUUGUCUAUUUUGAAUACUCUUCUUUAAUAAUUUUCGAAUAAAGAUUUACCUCGCAAUGGUUGAUAAGUUGAAAUUAUACGUGUGA